AUGAACACUAGUAUCACAAGCAAAACAAUGUACAAUUCGCAGCUAUUCUUAACAGUUGUGGUGCUUUUACUUUCUCUAUCUUUAUCAUCACCAUCCGAAGAGUCAAAAGUAAUCGAAUCUUUGGUAAGACGCUUGGACACCCAACGGUCAUCUGCAUCAAUACAAGAAUCUGCAGCAAAGGGUGUUCUUGAAAGAUUGCUUCCUGCCCAUUUGUCCAGCUUUGAAUUCAAGAUAGUCUCCAAGGAUGUUUGUGGUGGACACAGUUGCUUUCGGAUAAACAAUUACAGGAGGUCAAGCGAGAAUUCACCAGAGAUAAUUAUACAAGGCACUACUGCAGUUGAAAUCACUUCUGGCUUCCAUUGGUAUUUGAAGUAUUGGUGCGGUGCUCAUGUUUCAUGGGACCUUACUGGCGGUAUUCAAAUAGCUUCUAUUCCCAAGCCAGGAUCAUUGCCUCUUGUGAAAGAAGAGGGAGUAAUGAUUCCACGCCCAAUCCCAUGGAAUUAUUACCAAAAUGUUGUCACUUCCAGUUGUGAGUACCAAAUCUUCUUUGACCUCUUCUUUUUUAAUGGUUAA